AUGAAAGCUUUCAUCAAAUCAUUGGAUAAAAAGGCAUGGAGAUCAAUCUUAAGAGGUUGGACACCACCUACUGAAUCUGAUCAUCUCACAAAGGUAAAAUCUGAAAUCAACUGGAUUGAUGCUGAAGAUAAAUUAAUUCUUCCUGACAAGUUUCAAACUAAGCUCACUGCUAUUGAGGAGCCAAAUAAUCUUGACACAAUGAAAGUAGUGGAGUUGAUGGGUUCACUACGAACUUUUGAACUAAAUCAACAAAUCCGUCAAAAGGAAAAAUUGAAUGCUCUCAAAGAGAAAUCAAUUGCUUUCAAAUCAUCAAAGGAGAAAGACUUAGAUGAAAAUGAUGGUGAUUACUUCUCUAAACAUUCUGAUAAUAGCAAUAAAAGAGGUGUGAAAUGUAGGGAAUGUGAAGGAUUUGGUCAUAUUCAAUAUGAAUGUGCCAAUACACUGAAGAAGAACGAAAAGGUAAUGACAACUACUUGGAGUGAUCAGAACUCUGAAAGUAGCGAUGAAGAAGAUAACUCAAACCUUGUUGUAACUACUGUUGUUUCUGGAUUAACUUUAAAUUCACAGCAAUUAUCAAAUGAAAUUGAUCACAUGGUCAAAGGUAUAAAAAUGCUUCACCCAAAUUCUAGGAUUUUGGAUGAUGUAAUUGAUGCAGGUCCAAAAACAGGAAAUAUUGUUAGAAAAGGUACCAUAAAUCUUGAUGGGUUACCGAAAUUGAGAAAUGUUUUUCUUGUAGAAGGACUUAAGGCUAAGUUUAUUAGCAUAAGUCAAAUUCGUGACAAAGGCUUCACAGUAAAUCUUUAUCGUGAUGAUUGCAAUGAUGUUGAUCAAAAUGGUUUAGUUUGUGGGUUACCCAAAUUGGGUAAAGAAUCUGCAGGUAAAUGUGAAUCGAGCCAGUUGGAUUGA